AUGUCAACUGUUGUAUCAGCUCCUGGUAAAGUUCUAAUUAUCGGAGGAUAUUUAAUACUUGACAGGUUAUAUGAAGGAUUGGCAAUCGGGGUAGAUGCUCGUUUCUAUACUGUUAUAAAUUCGGGCAAUAAUACUCCUUCAAAAAUUAUUGUUCGCUCACCGCAAUUUAAUGAUGGAAAUUGGGAAUAUCAAGUUUCAAGAGUUCAAGAUAUUUAUAAAGUGAAAGCAAUAGACAAAGAUAAAAAAAACAAAUUUAUUGAAAUUACUAUCAAAUAUUGUUUGUCAAUUAUUGCAAGUCGAAUAUCUCAAUCAAAAUUUGAUGAGAAAAUUAGGGAUGGAUUAAUUAUUUAUAUUGUUGGUAACAAUGACUUUUAUUCACAAAGAGAACAGUUAAAAAUUCAUAAAUUACCACUUAAUGCUUCUUCAUUACGUUUACUUCCUUCCUUUAAUAAAAUGUCUGUAACUUUAAAGCAAGUUCAUAAAACAGGACUUGGAUCAUCAGCAUCAUUGAUAACUUCAAUGAAUGAAUUGAAUGGUGGUGAACUUAACAAAGUAGUUGAUCCUACAUUUAAUAAAUGGGAUAAUCAAGUGGUUUCAAUUUCCCUUCCACCACAAUUUAAUUUAAUUCUAGCUGAUAUUAAUAUUGGUUCAAAUACUCCAAGUCUUGUUAAUAAAGUUUUGAAUUGGCGAAAGUCAAAUCCGAAUGAAGCUAAAACUUUAUGGGAUAAACUUGCAUCUCAUAAUUCCAAAAUUAUCAAUAAUAUACAUGAAUUAAACAAGGAAUACAAAAGCAAUAAAUUAGAAUAUGAGAAAGUUAUUGCAAUUUGUUCGAAUAAAAAAUUUUCCGAUAAAAUUCGUCAAUUUCUACGUGAAAUGUCAACAUUGUCAAAUACUCAAAUUGAACCUCCAGAACAAACAAGAUUACUUGAUGCUUGUAUGGAAAUUCCUGGAGUAAUCUUGGCUGGUGUACCUGGUGCUGGAGGAUUUGAUGCAAUAUUUUGCAUUGGAAUUGGAAAUAAUUUUAUUGAAAAAGUUGAAGAUCUUUGGUCUACUUGGAGUGAAAUGAGUGUUGGACCUUUACUGGCUAAUGAAUCUUCUGAAGGAUUUAAAUUAGAGAAAUUAGAAAAUAUAAAAGGAUUAGCCGAAAUGAUACAAUCUUAA